AUGGAUGGGCCGGAGAGGAAACACACAUACACGUCUCUCACGAUUAAAGAGGCUAUCUCUAAACUUUUAUCAACUAUCCAAACAAUCGAAUUGCGACAGGGUGUCGAACCAGGUGUCGAACCAAGUAUUAAAUCUCAUGAGGAGAAACGUGUUCGAGAUGCCUUUCGUUUGAUCCACCAACCCCGGCAGCCCAUACGGUCGAAGGCUGAUGAGAGGCGGGAUAAUUAUCGACAUUUUUUAAAGAAAUUAAAUGAUGACGAGCUGGUCGUUGCUUGUGCUCUUGGUCUUGGACAAACGAUUAUUGGAUAUAUGAGAGAACCUCUACGAGUCCGCCUUCCCCUCGAGGUUAAGCAGCAUGAGAGACAAUUGAAAUCCCCACUCCUUCAGAAUCUCGCUCGGAAAUACUCGCCAAAAGCCUUAGGCAACGCAGGUAUUGAGGUAGCACAUGCCAAGGAAGCAUUACAACAACAACAUGAUAUCUCAGACAACGGGCAAAACCAGCCAACACAACCGCAUCAACUGACAGCGCCGAUACCGGUGUCGGACACUCCUGUCGUUCCUUCAGAGAAUUUGCUGCCAUCAUCUCAAUCAGGGGUUCGGGACUUGCAAUCCAGACCGACAGGGAAAGAUAUCUCCGACGUUGAAAGGGAGAAUUCUCAGGAGCUGCGACAAAGUUAG